AGAUAUAGAGGACCAAAGGGACAAGUCAGCUGACUCACAUCUCUGCUCUGCUAGGAGAAGCAACCUCCUUCUUCCCCUCCCACCCUCCCCUUUCCCUCUCCUCUGACAUGGGCCGCCUGCUGGCCCUGACCCUUGCCUAUCUGGCCUCCUGGCUGGCCACCGCGAUCGGCUCGGAACGCCAACAGCACCACGUGCAGCACGGCCCCUGCAGAUACACCUUCAUUCUUCCCGAGGUGGAGCACUGCCACCCCUUACAGGACUUCCAGGUCACCAACACCCUCCAGAGGGACUCGCCGCCUGAGGCAGAGCCUGAUACAAGCCAAUCCAAGACGAGUAAGGCCCAGAAGGAGAGGUCCUUCUGGCAGGAGAGGAAGCUGGAAAAUCUAGAAAGUGCCAUGGAGAAUAACACCCAGUGGCUGCAAAAGCUGGAGCACUUCAUCCAGGAGAAUGUGCGUUCUGGGAUGGAGGAAAUGAAAAGAACUGCGGUACACACCCAGACAGCUGCCAUGCUGGAAAUGGGAACCAACCUCCUCAGCCAAUCAGCGGAGCAGACUCGCAAACUGACAGACGUUGAGACCCAGGUGUUAAACCAGACAAGUCGCCUGGAGAUCCAGCUGCUCGAGUACACGCUCUUCACUAACCGCCUGGAGAAACAUAUUCUCCUGCAGACUCAGGAGAUCUCACGCCUCAGUGAUAAAAACAGUUUUCUGGAACAGAGGCUGUUAGCGCUGGAGGCUAGGUACGGGAAGGAGUUGCAGGGCUUGCAGAGCGAAAAGCAGCAGCUUCAAGAGCUUCUGGAGAGGCAGAGUCGACUGGUCAGUCAGUUCCAGGGUGAACUGGGCAGCUCCCCGCUAAACGGCACCUCACUGCAGAGACAGCAGGUCGCGCUCACAGACACCGUUCAGCAGCUGCUGGCACUGGUCAACCACUGCAAUGAAAUCACCAAUAUGCCCAAGGAGCAGCCGCUUAGUUUCAGGGACUGCGCGGACAUCCUGCGAUCUGGAGUGACAGCGAGUGGAAUAUAUAGCAUACGCCUCCCUAACUCCACGCAGACUGUCAAGGUGUUCUGUGACAUGAAGACUAGAGGUGGUGGGUGGACGGUGCUGCAGCAUCGGAGAAACGGCUCCGUUAACUUUCAUCGUGGGUGGAGUGACUACAAAAUGGGCUUUGGAGAGCCGUCUGGGGAACACUGGCUCGGGAAUGAGAUCAUCCACAAGCUGACCAGCUCCCAGGAAUACAGCCUGCAUGUGCAGCUAAAAGACAGAGAGGGGAACGAAGCUUUCUCACAUUACGAUCGCUUCUACACAGACGGAGAGGACAACAACUACAGCCUCCAUGCCGAGGGCUUCAGUGGCACUGCUGGACGGACCAGCAGCCUCACCCACACUGGCACCCAGUUCAGCACCAAGGACAGAGACAACGACAGCUGCACCUGCAAGUGUGCCCAGCUCGCAUCUGGAGGUUGGUGGUUCGAGGCUUGCGGCCCAUCCAACCUGAACGGCAUCUAUUACCCCAGCUCGUCCAGUGUGGUUCGCUACAACGGCAUCAAGUGGUACUAUUGGAAGGGUCCAAAUCUGAUGGCAACCACGACAACCAUGAUGGUGCGGCCGGCAAACUUCUGACGACACUGGCUCUUUCAUGAUGUCAGAUUAUAAAGUGAAUGUCGCCUCUGAUGAAUAUACUGACCAAUACUCAAUGGCAAUUGAAUCCGAGUGUUUGUGGUUUCAGCUUCUGGACAUCUUGUAGGGGGGGCUUUCGCAAUUGCUUGAGCAGAUGUGCCGACACUUUAUAAAAUUACUGGUUUUAGUGAAAUACUGAGUGAGAAAUUCAACCAACAAUAUUUAUUAACAAAAUGUUGCCAGACUAUAUUUCAAUACGGAUUGUUCAGCUGAGAGAGGAAUGGGCUUUGUUACAGAUGACAAAAACACAACUAACAUCACAUUAUGCAGUUACAUAUAAUCAGUUACUCAGCCCAAAAUUAAAUAAAAUUGAAUAAUGGAUAAAUGUUUAGAGACACUUUAUCUUACUACCUAUUUUUAUAUUAAAGUAUGAAAACUUACAUUGUGUUUGAUGUAAAUAAAUGUGACCAAUAAUUCACAGCCUUGUAUAUAGUUUACAAGAAGUCAACUGAU